AUGGUGCUCUCGCUGAGGGAAGAGGGCACGUCGCUGUUCGACGAGGCGGCGAGCACGGCAGAGGAGCCUCUCGCGGACUCGUUCGACGCGAGCCUGGCAAAGAUGCACACCCUGAUCGUCCUCGGGGGCGUGCGCGACGUGAUGCCGGAGGAGCACGUCUCGCUGCAGGAGAUCUGCGACACGCUGCGGGUGCCCAUCCACGCCGUGAGCCUGGGCGUCAGCUCCGAGCUCACCUCGAAGUGCAUCAAGACGUUCGAGGUGCUCGCGGGCGACCUCGGCCUGUGGGCCGACGCGCUGGCCCCCGUCGUCGGCGGGUGCCCGCCCAAGUUGAGGAGCAGCCCGGCCCCGGACAGCGCCGCGGCGGAGGCGCAGACGGCCCCGCUGCACGUGGUCGUCGCGCUGAACGAGGCGCUCGCCACGUUCAUGCUCCGCCCCGCCGCGGCGAUGCUGAUGGCGGACGUGUUCAUGGGGAGCCACCACAACUAUGUCAAGACCCGCACGCUGUCCCUCAUCGGCCAGGACGGGUCCGCGGUGUCCCUUCGCAUCCGCAAGGGGCGGGUCCCGCUGACUGAGAUGGAGGCGCUCGAGUACUUCGUGGAGGAGGGCGGCAAGCGACUCUGCAGGCAGGGGAUCAAGGACCUCCUGCUGGAGGACCAGAGGCGCCUCGGCCGAGACGACCUCAGCCAGCUGCUGCUGCUGCACGCCGACGGCGCCGCACCCCUGCUGCGGUGGCCGCUGGGAGGCGGCCCCGACCAGCGGCCGGUGGCCGUGAUCUUCGCCCCGCAGAGGCUCGCGGCGGACAUCCGUGGCGUUGCCAGAGAGGUCGGCGCGUACGCCAGCGCUGCCGUCAGCAAUCUGCUGGCCGGCCCUGCGUUCGUGAGCAUGCUGCACAGCGACGGGCUGCUGUCUCGGGCCAUCCGCAACCCGCACUGCUUCGUGCAGCACUAG